UUAGGGUUAUCUGCUCCUAUGAUUUUUGCCUAGUUGCGUCUCGAGCUUUCAAUUCUUCGAAAACGUGAGAAAAAUCAUCUAGAAAAAAUUGCAAAUUUCUUCUCUAUCUCUAGGGGUUUCGAUAAUAGCUACUGGAUCUUCAAAUCUCUCAUCGUCUUUUAGGGUUUCGAGGUUUGCUAAUCGGAUUAAGUUUUUAAUCUGAUUAAAGUUUUUUGUUUUGAUUGUGCUGUUUUUCCCCAUCUUUUCCCUUUCGGUUACCGGAAAAAAUUUAAAUUGGAGAUAAAAAAUUUUGAAGCGAAAAAGGAAUCGACAUUGAUUUGAGAUUUUAUUGAAAAAUAUGAAGCGAUCGAGGAAAUCAAACAGGGUAUCUUGGGCUCCAGGUGUUAAUCUUUGUCAGGUGAAGCUGUUUCUGGCAGAGGAUUGCCCUUCAAAAGUUGGUGAACUUCAAGAUACUCUUCAAGCUAAAACAUCAUGGACAUUGCAGCCCAGUGGAAUGUGUGCUAAUGACCUCCCCCCUGGGUUUGAAGGUGGUCAUCAUGUGAAUGGAUUGAAGUAUGAUCUAGCUGAGAUGCCUAGGAUCCAAUGGACAUGCCCUCCAAAAUUUGUCUUGAAUUUCAACUGGCACGUUGCAGCGGCUGAGGAGAGUGAGGAGGUAGAGGCUCAAAAACUGCGAGAAAUGAGAGUGCUUGAAGCAGUUUAUCCUCGCCUUUCUGCCAUUCCUCCUAGUCCCUCUGUUUCUAUGGAUGUAGAAGUUGAACCUUAUGAUGAUAGGCGAACUCCUCUUGUUCCUCUAACUCCAAUUGAAGAUGAGGAGGGCGCAGAUGUAUCAUCAGAUUUUGCUGCUCAACCAAGAACUCUCUCCAACUCCCAGACAGCUGCAUUGAUAAUGCCCCAGGGUCUGUCGGGAUCAGGAACUCACGGUAUGCCAAAUUGCCCUAGUUCUGCUGUGAAGUCACCUGCCCUUGACAUGUUACCUGGUGCAAGCUCUGAUGUAGUUGUAGCUGCUUCGGCUGCCUUAUCUGCAGUCAUGAAAAGCAAAGAGCAGGGAAAUUUGAUCGACACUGAUUUGCUUGUUAAAAUCCUUAGUGAUCCAAAGAUGGUAGAGAAAUUAAUCCAGGAUCAUGGAAAUCUACCCACUGCUGCCAAUGCGGUAAGUACACCUGUACGCACCUCAGAGCCAGAAACUAUAAUAACUUCUCUGCCCCGCUCAAAACCUGCUAUAGUUUCAUCCCCAAUGCCAGCUGACAGAAACUCAAAGCAUUUCAUAAAAGAGUUCCAACCUGCAUUAACUAUGCCAGCUCCCAGGGCAGACAUCGUUUCCGUUUCUAUGCCUAAGAGAGUAGAGCCUUCAGUUCCCUCAUUUGCGGAUAUAAAUAUGAUUUCCGGACAUAGGGCUGCAAAUGGUAAUGCAUACUCCACCUUGAACAAGAUGCAACCUGCUCUUAGUAUGAUGCCUGUUCAGCCAAAACCUCUUUCGGAAGUGCAGCCUGCUAUUAGUUCAACACCCAUGCAACUAAAUGCUGGUCUAGCUGUUACCGCGAUGGCAGCAAACCCUGUGAAGGAUGCUAACUAUAUUAAGAACCUGAUUAGGGAACAUGGAAGAGAAAAGCAAGAGCCUAAAGUGCACAAUAUACCAAAAACUGUAAGUCAUCUUAACCACACCCAGAACCAGAAUAUGGUACAGAACAUAAAACCUGUGGCUUUAAAAGCCAAGUUUCAAAAACCUUGCAUGUAUUUUAGCACUCCAAAGGGCUGCCGGAAUGGGUCCAAUUGCCUUUACCUGCAUGACAAGUCAUUGCAGUGGCAAACAGGCAGAACAUUGGAGUUGGAAGCUCCAAGUGCCAAGAAAAUGAAAUUAGGUUGGGAAAUUACUGGAAGGAUCUAAGUAAGAUGGAUGGCUUCUAAUUUUCAGUGUAAAUACCCUCUCUUUUUUUCCUCCUUUGAAUCCUGUAUAGAAUUUGAGCGAUUUACCAAAAAGAGAAGGGAGUUCAAAAGUUUGGUAGAAGAGAAAUGUAAGAGAAAAUUUCAUAUUUAGAAGAACUUCACUCAGAACUUGUAAGCAGUACAGGAAUUUUUCAAUGGGAGCAAGAAGCCAUGCUGAGGAAGAACA